AAUGGAGCUCAACAUAAAGCUCACACCUUUACACACGCCUCUCUUUGGAUUUAACGGAUCAGAGGUCGCGCCCCUAGGAGAGACUAUGCUCGCUGUCGUCCUAGGAGAAGGUGACUUACGAAAGGUGAAGAUUGUAAGAGUUGUGGUAGUUGACGUCGAGUCGGAUUAUAAUGGUAUCCUCGGGAGGCCAGCAUUGAAUGCGUUUCAAAUUGUGGUAUCGACUUACCACAUGAAGUUGAAAUUUCCUGUCGGAGAUCGAGUGGGAGAAGCUCGAGGAGAUCAGAAGCUGUCCAGAACCUGCUACCAGAUAGCAGUAAAAUCCAACCAACGAGCCGAGAUAAAGGAAGGAAAGAAGCCAAUGUCGAGCGAGAAAAGGCCGAGGGGAAGUGACCUCGAGCUGCAUGGAGAUUCGAAAGACGGGAGAAUGGGAAAUUCCAUAACCACCAUGCAUUUCGAGGGGAGCGUGUUGGGCGAAGCAAUGGAAUUUGAGGAAAAGGAUGAUUGGAGGAAGUCUAUUCGCGAGCUCCUGCAGGGUCGAGUGCCUAUGGGAGAUAAGCAAGAUGCAGAAAAAGUUGCUCGAUAUCUAAGCAAAUACUUUGAAGUCGAUGGGAUAAUGUUUAAAAAAUCACUGGUCGGGCCCCAUUUGCGAUGCGUUUCUGAAGAAGAAGGAACUCAUGUCCUGAAGGAGAUACACGAAGGAUGUUGUGGAGCACACAUAGGGUCCCGAGCUCUAGCUGGAAAAGCCUUGCGAGCAGGCUACUAUUGGCCUAAAAUUCGAGCAGCGACAGAACAGUUGGUCCAGAAAUGCGAAAGAUGCCAACGCCAUGGGCAAAUCACUCACAUCCCAGCUGAAAAUAUGACAAAAAUCAACACUCCAAUCCCCUUCGCUCAAUGGGGAAUCGAAUUAGUGGGCCCGUUGCCAAUGGGAACAGGACAAAGGAAGUUCUUGGUGGUCGCCGUCGAUUACUUCAGCAAGUGG